UAGCGGCUUUGUGAACUCGCUGCCAGUUACGUAAAAUGUCUUCUUUUCUUUAAUAUUUUUGUAAACGUACGAUAAGGUCAAUUUAUUCAUUUAAGAAGCAAAUGUUUUAACCCUGCAAUGCAGGCCAUUAAAGCUUUGGGAGCAUCCGCUCCUUCUACAGUUCUUUCAGUACUUAAAAAGGGUGCAUUUGCACCUGUAGUUGGACAAAUACGUCAAACCCAUUUACCGGCUCCAAAUCCCAAUGAAAGGCGCCCAUAUUCUCCGUUCCAGAAAACGAGUAAUAUGGCAGAAUAUGCCGUUGCUCGGCUUGAUGAUUUAUUAAAUUGGGGAAGAAAAGGCUCAAUGUGGCCGAUGACAUUUGGAUUAGCCUGUUGUGCAGUUGAAAUGAUGCAUUUUGCUGCUCCACGUUAUGAUAUGGACAGAUUUGGUGUACUUUUCCGUGCAUCACCGCGACAGUCUGAUGUGAUGAUUGUAGCUGGCACUUUGACAAACAAGAUGGCUCCUGCAUUGAGGAAGGUUUAUGACCAAAUGCCUGAACCAAGAUGGGUUGUAUCUAUGGGCAGUUGUGCUAAUGGAGGUGGCUACUAUCAUUACUCUUAUUCAGUUGUGAGAGGCUGUGACCGUAUUGUGCCAGUGGACAUAUAUGUGCCAGGCUGUCCCCCCAGCGCUGAAGCUCUACUAUAUGGCAUAUUACAACUGCAAAAGAAAGUGAAGAGAAUGAAGACAGUUCAAAUAUGGUAUAGAAAAUAGGCAUUCUAUUAAAUAGAAAAAUCAAUGUAAUUUAUCCCUGAAUUAAAUAAAGUGAUCAUGUAGCAGCAGUUGAUUCUACUGUUUUACUCUACAA